AUGCUUUCUUCUCCACCCGCACACGACUCGGCUCUUGGACCCUCCGGCAACGUUAGCACAACCCUGUACCACAAAACCAUCUCCAGUCUUGUUCCCGUGCCGCCACUCAUGGCGACUCUGCUCAAAGCGUUCGGAGCAAUGCAAAUACCCUCCAUCCGCCAGCUCAUCCAAACACUUGGUCCACCUACCGACAUGAGCGGCUUGCGUCACACUUGCUCAAAGCCUAAUCUGCUCAUGCAAUCCAGCAAGCCUUGGGGCUUUUGUCAGGGUCCACUCUGCCUGCACUCACUUACCUAG